CGAUUGGGUGGUUUAUCGGUGCUGAUUUGGUGUGAUUCGCUUUGGCUGUUAAGCGCGAAUUGGUGGUUGCGGCUGAGUAGCGGCGGGUGGUUUAACGAUUCGGUGGUUGGUUGGUUGGUUUGGUUGGUAGAGAAGGAGGUUGACCCUCUCCGUCUUAUAUAG